CAAAACAUUCUCCCGAUGACACUUCUCGCCACUCAUGUGCGUAGAGGUCACAGCUAAAGUCAGACCGAUUUCUCAAUCCAGCGAGUGUUUUAAAUCCAUCGUGCCAGUGAAAUUGAAUUAGGUCAAAUUGAAUUUUUGCAGUGUUAUCAAUUAAAAAGUACUCUCACAAAGCUGCCAUGAACGACAUCAGUAAACACUUAUCAAACGCAGAUUUCGAGGCUGCGUUGAAGGGGUUGAACGAGCUCAAUAUUAGUAACUGCAAACAUGAGGACUUCCAGAAGGAAUCCGACGAGCUGUUCGCCAGCUUCAUGCUGUGCCACGGAUCGUCCAACGAGGUUCAAAACAAAAUCGCCCUGAAGAGUCUCAACCUGCUGAAACGUUCCUGUGCCUUGGGAGAGACGUUCCAGAAUGAAAUCAUCGCCAAGAAGAACUUCCUGUCCGGGUUGAGGACGAUUCUGGAAGAUGAGGCCAUCCCGGAGAACGUCCGGAUCAACUGCCUGCAGCUGUUGGCUAACCUGUGCGUCCAGAACCGCUUGAACCAGGAGGCGAUCCUGCGCGAGUUGAAGGACUUUCUUCUGAAGAGCGUCGAGAACAACUGUUGCUUCACGAACGCGGCCACCAUGAUCGUGUACAACGCGUUCAUCUAUAAGGCCGAACUCGGGAUGGAGGUGGACGAACUGCUGGAGGUUCUGCUGACGAACGUGGAGUCGAACCGGUUGGCGCAGCGGGACACGCCCGAGUUUGUCAGCAUUUUUGUGGAGUAUUUGGCUUGUGAGAGCAACGAAAUCGUGGACCACUACGAGAAGGUCAGCUUCGAGAAGCGGAUCUUGUUUCUGCGGUAUUUGAUCGAGUACGUGCGGCAGGAUGAUCGAAGGAGCAGACCGUUGCAUCCGGAUUUGUUCAAACAUCUGCUGAAUGACUUUAAGCGCAAGUCGGACUGCGUGCUGAAGACGGUGGACAGUUAUUUGGACCAGAAGAACACGGAGGAGGUGUUUACGCUGCUGCUGUUGAUGUCGGACGCGACCUGUGUGCAUCCGUAUGAGUCGUUUAUACGGGCGGACGGAGCGUUAUUCCUGAACUUGGGAUGCCUCCUGCGCCAGCUCCAAACUCUCGGGAAAACGGACCGCGACAACAUCUUCGCCCCCGUCCAAAGCAUCGGCGAGAUUCUCAAGGUGAAGCAGGGCACCUCCGAGCUCAACAUCGAACAGGACAUUUCCUACUCGCUCAAAUCUGCGCUGGUCAAAGCGCUCGCCAACCUUUCCUACCGGAACAAGAAAAACCAAAACCUGGCCCGCGAGAUGGACAUCAUGGCGGCGAUCCUCGACUGCGCCAACCUGGACGCUCGGAAUCCUCUUAUAAAAGAGUGGAGCAUCCUAGCGAUCCGGAACCUGUGCGAGGACAACCUGGAGAACCAAAAGUUUGUCGCGUCCCUAACCAAGGUGGGCGACGCCGAGAACUCACUUAUAACGGAGUACACCGCCGAGGGAGGGACCAUUCGGAUCAGAGACGGUUCGACAGCUUCACAGUGAGCAAUGGCUUUGGUUUUAUUCAGUUGAAAACGAAAAAUCGCACUUACCUCCUCGUGUUACGCGAAUACUGAGACUAGAAUGUGAAUGUGGGUGAAGAAAUCAGUCAAACAGUUUGCUCGGAAACUGCUCGUAAAAUAGGGCCGGAUUUGGUUUGCUGAUCGGUUCCGGCGUGAAACUGCAAAUAAAAUAAUAAGCGUUAAUCCAAAAA